AACCACUGGUAAAAAUUUGAUUUUAAAAGUUGUUAAAUCUACACACAACAGCACAUAAUGGUGCACUUGGGCAUUCAAUCAAUCAAUCAAUAAAUUUCUGCAACUAUAGUUCCUGUGAAAGCGAUCAUGAGACAAACGAAUAAAAUCCAUGGAGCCCUGAAGCAAUGACAUUGAGUAGAACAGGUAUUCCCUUGUGUCACCGAUCUGUAGUACUGGCAUGUAGUGGAAAGUCAGUAUUCUUGCAGUUGCCAUCACAUUGGCGUAAUUUGCGAGCGCAGUUUGGAUAAGGGAGAGAGAUGAGACCUAGCCGUGGCUCGCCCUCAUUGUGCGUGGAGGUCGGAGUUGGCUCAGGAGCUGUUUUGACAUUCUUGGGUGGCAUCAUUGGCUCUUCUGCGCAUUACAUUGGAACUGAUAUCAGCCGCCAUGCCGCUGUUGCUGCUCGCAGCACAGGGCAACAUAACAACAUUCUUAUUGACACUGUUCAGACUGACUUGGUCACUGCCUUAUUGCCUAGAUGCUCUGGUUGUGUGGAUGUCAUGCUGUUCAAUCCGCCGUAUGUUGUGACUCCAUCUGAAGAGAUUUCUCAAGGUGGAAUUGCGGCAACAUGGGCUGGUGGUGUGAAUGGGAGAGAGGUCACGGAUCGCCUUCUCCCCCUGGUUAGCCGUCUGCUGUCUCCUUCGGGGCGCUUCUAUUUGCUGCUUUUGGAAGAAAACCAGCCUGGUGACGUACAUCAGAUCCUUUCCGACACUGGCCUAUCAGGUGAAGAAGUGAUUCGACGCCGCUCAGGCCCAGAGAACCUGUCAGUUUGGUGUUAUAAGCGAAAGUAAAUCCUUGUGAGUGGGCUGUGAAGCUGACAACAUGCAGCCUACUUGAAAGAUAGAUACAGUGCCACGACUGUAACUUCAAUUGAGCAUCCCGGAGUCCAAUCGAGCCCAUCUUAGCUUUGCGGAUAACUUGCAUGAUGUGAGGGAAAACGGUGAAGCAACAUAAUUAUGGAUUUCACGUGUGUAUGGUAUUCCCGAAACCAUACAGAACUGUGGUUCUUGCCGCAGCAUGCUUACGAGCUCGUAGAGUGUACAUGUACACAUAUCCGUGGAAGGCUGCUUUCCAAGUGCAGGCGUACAUGCCAUCGUUGCCACCUAUCGUCUGAUUAGAGUCUCUCCUACCAAGUGCCAUGUGACAGAUGCCUGUUUCACUGGGGGACACUCUCGUCUGGUUUACCAAUAACUGCUGAUAAUACCACCGCAUACACCACAAGUAGACAUGGUGUGUCAUCAUAGACACUUACUGGAGGUGAUGUUGUUGUAACACCUUUACAGCAUUCAAUUCUGGUAAUUCUGCUAUGUGAUGUUGUUGGGUGAAUGGUGUGUGGGAGAGAGAGAGAGACCGCAAAGCCUUUUCAAGUAUUGUAGCAGAUUGAUAUAGCAAGCUAUGUCACCAAUACUGGAACUUUAUCAUAUUCUUUAACUUAGAAUUUUAUCACAUGUUGAUUUUUAGUUUUUUGCAUGAUGUACUUACAUCAAUAUGAACAUGGAACUUAUGCUUGCAUUUUCGUUUUGAGGAACAUGUCUUCACACGUUGAA